GAAGGGAAAGAAUUUGAAUCUCAAAAUUUUAAAAGAAAAUGUUAAAAUAAGUUAGUCUUUUUAAAGUUGGUUACUACAUGUAAUUGGGGAAAAUAAAAUAUUUACUUUUUCACUUUAAAAAAUGAGCUCCUGCAUCUCAGCCUACUUCCCUUCAUUCUACUGAAAUGUCUUUCUCCACUGCAGAACUUCGUUCCACCUCACCCACUCUGCACUCCUCCCCACUCCCCAGUCGGAAUCUCUUUCCCAAUCACUACUGGAUUUCCUUUCCCCCAUCCCUUCCCCCCAAGUUCAAGGGCAGAGAUCAUCAGGGCAACUGCCCCAGGAAAGAGGAGGGGCUUCGGUUCUUCUGGGAGCUUCGAUCUUAAAUUCAGAUAAUUGCGGAUCCAGACCCGGACACUUUUAAAACAGAGACAUGUGGCUCUACGUGGCCUGCCUCAUUGGCCUUUACCAUCUCUUUCGCUGGUAUCAGGAGAAGCAGGUGGUGAGCAAUCUCGAGGACAAAUAUGUCUUCAUCACCGGCUGCGACUCUGGAUUUGGGAACCAGCUGGCCAAGCAGCUGGACCUCCGAGGUCUGAAGGUGCUGGCAGCCUGUCUGACAGAGAAAGGAGCUGAGCAGCUGAGGCAUCAGACUUCAGACAGAGUAGAGACAGUGAUCCUGGAUGUAACCAAGACAGAGAGCAUCACGGCGGCUGCCCAAUGGGUGAAAGAGCGUGUGGGAAAUAAAGGGCUCUGGGGCCUGGUGAACAAUGCUGGCGUCUCCUUGCCCUCGGCCCCCAACGAGUGGCUGAACAUAGAGGACUUCCUGAAAGUGCUCAGUGUGAACCUCAUUGGACUGAUUGAGGUGACCCUGAGUCUGCUUCCCCUGGUGAGGAAGGCCCGGGGCAGGAUUGUCAGCAUGUCCAGUGUGAUGGGCCGCCUGUCUCUCUUUGGGGGUGGCUACUGCAUUUCUAAGUACGGGGUGGAGGCUUUCUCCGACAGUCUCAGGCGGGAACUCUGCUACUUUGGGGUGAAGGUGGCCAUGGUGGAGCCUGGUUUCUUCAAGACCAACAUCACCAACGAGAAGAUUUUUUCCCAGAGCUACCACGAGCUAUGGGAUCGCUUAGACCCUGAAGUCAGGCAGUGUUAUGGCCAGAAGUUCUUGGAUGCCUUUCUCCAAUCUACUCAUGACAUGCAGAAUUUCUGCCAACCAGAUCUCUCCCUGGUGACCAACUGUCUGGAGCACGCCUUGACCUCUCGUCAUCCACGUACCCGCUACUCAGCCAGCUGGGAUGCCACUCUGUUCUUUAUUCCCCUAUCCUACUUGCCCACUAGACUAGUGGAUUAUCUUAUUUCGUGGAAUUAUCCCAAGCCUGCCUGUGCCUUGUGAUGACAUGGGGAGAUGGAAGGAGUAGCAAAUGAUAAGGCAAGAGGAGAAGCAGUUUGUAAGUCAGAGUUUGGUGUGCAGGAGGCAGAGGAGGAGUCCUAGAGAGAAUAAAAUCCAGUAAGCAUCUGUUGAGUACCUAUUAUGCACAAGAUUCUGUCCUAGGCACUGGUGGGAAUGUGAAGAUGCGUAAGACCUGGUUCCUACCCUUAGUAAUAAUACUACUAAUAAAAUAGCAUUUGCAAAAUACAAA